AUGCUCGAGCAAGAUCCGCGUGUGCUUACGAGCAAGACAAAGACUUAUAUAGCUUUUAACACCGAAGGCGAGACCGUUUACUGCUACCUUACGGAAAAACUUAAUAGCUUGGUUCUUAUACUCUUCGUUUUUAAGACUUUAUUAAAGCUGACGGAACAAGAUCGAUCUGCCGCGUCUAUUCAAGAGCGUACUGCUGCUAUUAACAAAGCUAUAAAAGAAGUACGAAAAUGCUACGUUGCGAAGCAAGUUAAGGACGCGCUUAAGAAGAAGAAUGGCCCAAUUACAGAGCAUAUUCUAAACCUUUCUAUUAGUUCACGAGUACUCGUAUGGCGAGAAAACCAAAAGUAA